AUGGAAAAGCUGCUUCUCAUUCUAGUGCUUUCCAUCCAACCCUAUAAUUUUGGGGGUGAUGUCUUGCCUCCGUUACAUGCAAAUCACAUGAUUCGUGCCAGAAGCCCUCUUCCUAUUGGACAAAGAGUGGACGGGUUUCUACGUGUGGACAAAUCUUCCAGAUUUUACUUUGUCACAAAUGGAAGUCAUGAUAUACUAACACUCCGAGUAACCCCCUGUGAAUCCCCACUCAUCUGGACCUUAUCCAGCGUACAUGACAAGAAGGCUCAUGGGGCAGGAGAAAUUAAUAUUGGACACCUCAAGCCUUUUGACCAACGUCUGCACACCAGGACACUGUUUUCCUUUCAAGGUAAUGGAGAAGAGACCUUCACUACAGGUGUGACCUCAGACAGUUUGUUUCUUCUUGAUAUCGCAUCUCUGGAGUCAGAUACCAGCUUCCAAGUCUUUGUCUGGGACCACAAAAGUCAAGGUAACCUAUGGCCCCAACUUCCAAAUGAUUCUCAGCUGGAGAUUACUUCUGUAGAAGAGGAUAGAAUAAAGCUGUCAUGGAAACCUAGUCUGGGAGACAUUAAGAAGAUCAAUUAUUGUGUAUUUGUAAAUAAGCAACACAAUGUCAAAACCUUAUGUGCUACCAUGUCUAACACAAAUAAAAGGUUCAGUAAUCAAUUGAAUGAAAAUGACGGCAAAUCAAGUAGGUCUUUGGAGAUAGCUAUGAAGACAUCUAAAACAUAUUCUAACAAACUCAAAGAAGAUGUUAUGGAGCAAAACGUCAACGCUGACUUUUUUUCUAGCAAGAAUUUUGUGGGAGCUCAAAAGAUAUGUGUUGGGCACUGGACAAAUGCCACCAUUUCUAGGCUGAAGUCCAAAACCCUUUAUUACUUUGAUGUUUUUGCUGUGAACUCUCAUACAGGCACAAGUUUAGCAUAUACAGGGACUUUUGCAGAAACCAAAAACAAGCACAGGUCACAGUUAGCAACUCUUCAUAAUGAUGAGAUGGUGAACAUUUUCCUCAAAAGCAAAGUUCUAAGAAUGAUGACUGUUGACCUUCCAGACCAUGGUUCCAAAUGGCUCUUCAUCCAUUCAUGUCUCCAUAAGGUUCAUCUCAAGAUCUCAGUAAAUGGAAAGGUCAUUGUAUCCCAAAACAUCCACAGAGCUCAUAACUUCAAGCUUUCUGGCACACCAAAAGCCAACUGCAUUAUUACAUUAAAAUCUAGUAAGGGUGGUCCAGGUCUGGUGAAGAUCUUUUCAACUACUGCCCAUCACAACUUGCCCUUCCCCAACCUUUUUUCGAACAUCAGUUUUUCUGUUUCUAAAUCAACUUGCUCGUCAGCUACCGUGAGAUGGACUGGAAGUGGACAUGGGACCGAAUACUGCAUUUAUGCCAGGCACCUAGAGCAGAACUUGGAUCUAAAGUUGAUUCACAGGCAUCAAAACAGCUGCCUCAGCACAAAGACCCGCUCCAAAGCUGAAAAAGUGUUUUGCAAUCAUGCAGGACCCCAUACCUCAAUAGAGGAAGAAAUCACAGACCUUAAGCCUGGGAAAACAUAUCUAUUGGAUCUGUAUCUCAUAGGUCUUCACAACAGUACCAUCAAGUUCCCAAGCCGUGUUGUAAGAACUCAGGGUUUGUGCACCUGAGCACACCACCUACUAAAGCUUGAGAUUUCCAUCUGUGGCACUAAUAAGAACUUAGCUCAUUGCAUGUAAAAUGCUUAUUCGCUUCUAAAGAGCCGAAUGCAGACCCAUGUAUAACUAUAUAUGCUGAAAUACUAUACUUUUAUAGACAACUAUCAACACCACGAACAGAUGUCCAUAAACAAAUAAACUGAAGUUAAAUCCAUCAUGAAGGGGAAUUCGGACAUGAGCAGGCCCUGAUUGGUUGAAAGGACAAAAAGGCCCGGGCCUAGGGCUGCAGAAUUUUAGGAGCGGCAUGCCACCCAGCCACAUCCCACUGGGUUCAGAAGCACUGGGGACAUGCAGGUGAUUUGCUAGCUCUCUAAACCUCUCAAACACCAAUCCCAAUGCUCCAAACACCCAAUGAGAUAAGACUUUCAUAUGUCGGGAGAGGCAGGAUAGGGGAAUAAAUAAAUACAGCCCUGGACAUGGGUUUGAGGCUGAGGCAAACAAAUAAUCUGGCUACAGAGUUUGAGUUAUGCCAAAUGGAGGUGGAUUAACAUGUCAGUGUAACUUGGUGUAAAAAAUUUUCCCAGGCUCAUAAAUGCAUCAUGCUUAAUUCUGUUUGCAAUCUA